AUGUCAUCACCGGCAGCUCCUAAAAUCCUUCUGGCUAAACCUUCCGUCUCUCCGAUUACUGGUAAAUUCGGACGUGGACACUCCGAUGAUGAGAAUGCGUCGCACCGCUCUCGUCUCCCUCCCUUCCUCACUGAGAAUACUGAUUUCACGGUGGUUGGAGUGAUUGGUCCUCCUGGUGUUGGCAAAUCCACAAUUUUGAAUGAAAUCUACGCCUUUGAUGGGAGCUCCCCUGGAAUGCUACCACCAUUUGCAAUACAGACGGAAGAGAUCAAAGCAGCGGCAAAACAUUGUACUAUUGGCAUUGAACCACGGGUUUCUGCUGAGAGGUUCAUCCUUCUUGAUGUCCAGCCUGUUUUCAGUCCAUCCAUAUUGGCUGAGAUGAUUAGACCUGAUGGUUCAUCCUCGAUACCAGUCUUGGGUAGUGACUCUUUGUCGGCUGAGUUGGCUCAUGAAAUCAUGUGUAUCCAGCUUGGUGUCCUCUUAGCAUCCAUUUGCCAUGUGUUGCUGGUGGUAUCUGAAGGAGUUCAUGAAGAUAACAUGUGGCAAUUGAUGUCAACGGUGGAUUUGUUGAAACAUGCAAUACCUGAUCCAUCUUCACCCACACUGUCCCGUCUUCAUAUCUCGGAGAUUGGGCCUGAAAUGGAAUAUAAGGAAAAAUUAACCGAGGGCAGUGAAUAUAUGGCCACUCCCAUAUUUGUGCACUCAAAGCUUCAGGAUCAAGAUCUCUCUCCAAAGAAUGUUUUGCUACUAAGAAAGGCACUGGCGCAGUAUUUCGAAUCAAGUUCGUUUAUGCUAGGAAGGAGUGGGUCGGAGUUAGCUGAGCCAGUUUCUUUUGUGAUUCCAUCUAGGAGCUCGAGAAACCAGCACGAGAGUUAUCAGUUAGCAAUGUGGAAACUAAGGGAUCAGGUUUUGUCUGCCAGGUCCAAGUCCUUUUCAAGACCAGUCUCGGAACGCGAGUGGCUUAAAAACUCAGCAAAGAUAUGGGAGAUGGUGAAGAAUUCUUCGAUUAUUUCAGAGUACGGUAGGGCCCUUCAAAAUUCCGGUAUGUUUCGAAGGUAG